AUGGACUUGACGUAUAUCGCUUUCAACGAAAAUGGAACUUUCUACAUUCGAAGCCUCCUUUUUUCUUCAGUGUUCUACGUGGCGUUUCUUUUCCUUGUUUCUUUGCUAGGUAAACUUCAAAGGAAUCGGCCUAACACAUAGUCAAUGGUUUUACAGUUAUCGCUGCAGCUCUUUUUCCUGUUGCGCCUCGCCACACACGACUCCCGCCGCUGACUAUUUGGAUAUACGACUCCGCACAUAUCGUUUUGUUACACGGAGAUGUCAACGAAACUUUCCUCUUCGAAGAAGAUCAGAUCGAAUUCGACAUGAUAACUGUAACUCGCGUUCCACUUGAUAACCUUCAGUGA